AUGGCGGCACACAGGACUUGUCACCUCGCGCUUGCUUCUCACCCGCUCUCGCUUCCUGUUACCACCGCACGCCCCUCCGCUUCCUCCGCCUCCUCCCCUUCCGCCGGUCCCUCCGUUCCCUCUCCCGCGGACCGUUUCCUCCGCUCUCCCGCUGCUGGACUGGCGCCGAUUUUCCGCAGCUCCCUCUCUCUUCCGCGCGCUUCGGCGCGUGGCUCGUGUAUACACCCGCUCUCCUCCCCUCUCUUCACCCCGCGGGGAAGGGGAGGCGGGCGGAGUGGGGAGAGGGCGGGUGCGGUGAGAGUGCGCGCGGGGAGGAGUGAGACGGAGGAGGCGCAGGGCGGUGCGGGGGCUAUGCCGACUCAAAGCGUGCGCGAUUUGCAGAGGGUGUGUGCUCCAUGUGUCUUCUCCACCUUCUCCCCUGCCCCCACCCCACCCCCUCGUCCGUCCUGUCUUCCCGCUCUUCGCCGCUUUCUUACCUCCUCUCUUCGCUCCUCUCUUCUCUCCUUUCUUCGCCCUUCGUCCUCCCUCUCUUUUCUCCCUCACUUCCCACUCUCUUGCCCGCUCCUUCCCUCUAUCUUCCCGCUCUCCAUUUCCUUUUCUUCCCCCUCCAUCCUCUUCUUCCUCACCUCUCCCUCUCUUCCCCCUUCUCUUCCCCUCUCUUCCGCCCUCUCUUCCCCUUUAUUUUCCCCUCUUCCAACGCUCUUGUCCCUCCUCACUCGUCCCUCCUUCCCUCCUCUUUUCCCCCUCUUCCACCCUUUCCUCCCCCUCUUGUCCCCGUCUUUCCCCCUCUCUUCCUUUCUCUCCUUCCCCCUCUCUUCCCUGCUCUUUCUUCUUCUCAUCCCCCUCUCUUUCCUGCUCUUUCCCCUCUUAUCCCCCUCUCUUCCCUGCUCUUUCCCCCUCUCACCCCCCUCUCUUCCCUGCUCUUUCCCCCUCUCAUCCCCCUCUCUUCCCCCUCUCUUCCCCCUCUCUUCCCCCUCUCUUCCCCCUCUCUUCACCCUCUCUUCCCCCUCUCUUUCCCUCGCUUCCUCCCUCUCUCAUCCCCCUCUCGUCCCUGCUCUUUCCCUCUCUUUCCCCCUCUCUUCCCCGUCUCUUCCCCCUCUCUUCCCCCUCUCUUCCCCCUCUCUUCCCCCUCUCUUCCCCCUCUCUUCCCCCUCUCUUCCCCCUCUCUUCCCCCUCUCUUCCCCCACGCUCCCCCCUCUCUUCCCGCCUCUCUUUUCCUCUCAUCUUCCUCCUACUUAUGCUGGGUUAGCAACAGCUGCCGUUGCUGGAGCACAGCUGGCGGGUCUUGAUUGGUCCGGAGGGUUCCAGCUGUCGCUACAAGGAGUGCUAGACGGAUUCGCCUUCUCUGCUCCUGCCAUCGCCCUUGUUCUUGCACUCUUCCAGGAUCGAGUGGCGGAGCGGUGGGAGGUGGUGAGGGCAGUGCGGGACGCGGACGACGAGGAGGCAGAGGAGUUUUUCCAGGGCAUGGCAGCGUGGCAGUACACCAUCGUGGCAGUCUCGGCCGCGCUAUCAGAAGAGCUCUUCUUCCGCGCUGCCCUGCAGGCCUUCCUCACUCGCGCUCUGCUGCUCUCUGGCGCGCCCUCGCUUGACGCCCCCGUCGUCGGCAUGGCUGCUCUGACGGGCUGUCUGCCAUCCAUGGCGCCUUGCACGCAGUUCUGUGCCGCCACACUCACAGCAGCGCUCGCCGGCACGCUGCACUACGCAAUGGCUCUGCCCAGAGAUGCUGUCAUUGUCGUCACCCAGUCAUACAGUCUCGGGGAGCUGCGCUCCGCAAUGAGGGCAUGGCAUGAACGGCAGGAGCACCAGAAGAUCUACCCACCCAUGUUUGCGUCUUUGCUAAGCCUUUACUACGGCAUUGAGUGGGUCAUGACAGGCAAUCUCGUUGCGCCCAUGCUCACGCACGCCCUCCUGAACCUCGUGAUUCUGCACAUGAGUCUUGUACGAGUGGGUGAAAACCGCAAGCCCCCAGUGGCCCCAACACACCCACCGCAGCCACCGCAAUCACCUCUGCCUGCCCAGCCGACUCAGCCGACCCAGCCUGCAAACAAGACGCUCUGA